AUGGAGUCCUCGACGCUGCGAGAGGAUAUUGAAUUAUUUCGGUCCGUCAUGUGGGUCCUGAAUGCCCUGGAAGGAAGAGACCUGGAUUUCCUCGGUCAAAGUUUCCCGCCAUUACUGAGCGGGGGAGUUCCGCCUGGUGCACACAAUGAUUCUCGGAAGACCAGACCUGAGACGGAUACUGAGGACGAAGAGUCAGGGGACGAGGAUAGGAUGGCAGACGACGAGGAUGAAAUGGAAGAUGAUGAUAGUGAGGAUGAUGACGAAUCUGACUCUGACGAGAUAGAGGAGGUGAUGGUGAACAACCAGAGCGUCGAUGGAGAUGAAUAUGACCAUGGAGAGGAAAGUGAAGAGGAAGAAGACGAAGAUGACAGUGAGACCGACGAUUCAUCGGAAUUCUACGAAGAACUACAGUCUCUUGCAGACGACCCUAUUGUAUCAUCAUAUCAAGAGCAAGCCACGUCUACAGCAACUCCCAGUCAAGGACCAGUCAUUGCUAGUGGCCAAGUUAUACAACAAUCCGACGCAGACCUUCGUUGCUGGGAGCACGGGUGCAAUGGGCGGAAGUUCACCAACAGGAGCAACCUAAGACGCCAUCUCAGGGAAAAGUCAACCGCCCGGCCGACAUGUCGGUGUCCUCGAUGCGGCGCUACCUUUAGCCGGACUACGGCUCGCAACGUUCAUGUAGCUAGAGGGAGCUGUAACCGAAUCCGUCGCUAUUCAAACGGCCGUAUUAGGCCCAAUCAGCGGAUCCAAGACGAAGAGCUUUGUUGGAGUUUGAAUAGUGCCUAG